CACACUUGACUCCACUGUGCGAGCGCGUGUGUGUGUGUGUUAUUUUUUGAGAAAAGCAAAGAGAGCAAGUGAGAACCAACACCGAUGCAAAUCAUUUUGUUGGCUUUACGCCAGCACGCAGCCUACAAAUUAGCAGCGCACAAAAUAAGUUAGUGUGAAAAAGGGAAUAGAAGCUGUGCACCAAGUGCAGCGACCAAACACAACUGGCCACGCCACUGCGAGGGCAGCAAUAAUAACAACUGGCGAAAAGGGCUGCGCAAAAACGUAAACAAAAGCAAGUGGAAAACGAGGCAAAGGAAAACGAAAAGACAGAAACAAACGCAAAUGCAAAUGCAAAAGUAAAAUACUGGAAGUAAACGCUGGAAAACAAAGCCUCGAAAGCUGAAAACAAAGAGGAACGGAAGUGGUGCGGGAGGCGCAAGAGGAACAGGAAGAGGAAGAGAGCAGAAGGAGCACCAGCAGCUGAAGCAGAAGCAGUAACGCAAAACAGAAACCGAAAAAUGGACUCGGACAAUGACAAUGAUUUCUGCGAUAAUGUCGAUUCGGGCAACGUCUCCUCGGGCGACGACGGCGAUGAUGACUUUGGCAUGGAGGUGGACCUGCCAAGCUCCGCGGACCGCCAGAUGGACCAAGAUGACUACCAGUACAAGGUGCUCACCACCGAUGAGAUUGUGCAACACCAGCGCGAGAUCAUCGACGAAGCCAAUCUGCUGCUGAAGCUACCCACACCCACCACACGGAUACUGCUAAAUCACUUCAAGUGGGACAAGGAGAAGCUAUUGGAGAAGUACUUCGACGACAACACUGAUGAGUUCUUCAAAUGCGCACAUGUCAUAAAUCCUUUCAACGCCACCGAAGCGAUCAAACAAAAGACCUCACGCAGUCAGUGCGAAGAGUGCGAAAUAUGCUUUUCACAGCUCCCGCCAGAUUCCAUGGCCGGGCUGGAAUGCGGACACCGAUUCUGCAUGCCCUGUUGGCACGAGUAUCUGUCAACGAAGAUCGUGGCGGAGGGUCUGGGCCAGACCAUUUCGUGCGCGGCGCACGGCUGUGAUAUCCUGGUGGACGACGUGACCGUCGCCAACCUAGUGACGGACGCACGGGUGCGGGUCAAGUACCAGCAGCUGAUCACCAAUAGCUUUGUGGAGUGCAACCAGCUGCUGCGCUGGUGUCCGUCCGUCGACUGCACCUAUGCGGUGAAGGUGCCGUACGCGGAGCCACGUCGCGUCCAUUGCAAAUGCGGCCAUGUCUUCUGCUUUGCCUGCGGCGAGAACUGGCACGAUCCGGUCAAGUGCCGUUGGCUAAAGAAGUGGAUCAAGAAGUGUGACGACGACUCGGAGACGUCCAACUGGAUCGCGGCCAAUACCAAAGAGUGUCCCAGGUGCAGCGUGACCAUCGAGAAGGACGGCGGCUGCAACCACAUGGUGUGCAAGAACCAGAACUGCAAAAACGAGUUCUGCUGGGUGUGCCUCGGUUCUUGGGAGCCGCACGGCUCCUCCUGGUACAACUGCAAUCGCUAUGACGAGGACGAGGCCAAGACGGCCCGCGAUGCUCAGGAGAAGCUGCGCUCCUCGCUGGCCAGAUAUCUCCACUACUACAAUCGCUACAUGAACCACAUGCAGUCGAUGAAGUUUGAGAACAAAUUGUAUGCAUCUGUGAAGCAAAAGAUGGAGGAGAUGCAACAGCACAACAUGUCAUGGAUUGAGGUGCAGUUUCUGAAAAAGGCUGUCGACAUACUUUGCCAGUGCCGUCAGACUCUCAUGUACACGUACGUGUUUGCAUAUUACUUGAAAAAGAACAAUCAAUCCAUGAUAUUCGAGGAUAAUCAAAAGGACUUGGAGUCGGCAACCGAGAUGUUGUCGGAGUAUUUGGAACGUGAUAUUACAUCCGAGAAUUUGGCUGAUAUUAAGCAGAAAGUGCAAGAUAAAUACAGGUAUUGUGAAAAGCGGUGCUCUGUUCUGCUGAAGCACGUGCACGAGGGGUACGACAAGGAGUGGUGGGAGUACACAGAAUGACGCGAGUCAUGGCUGGAUAACUAAGCUAAGCCGAGCGGCAGGCAAUCGGAAUGUAGUGCCCGCUAAGCGCCACCCCAUCCAGCAUCCGAAAUGCAGCAAACACUGUCCCCAUCCACAUACCGACCAACAUCCGCCAAGCCACGCAACACACACACACACACACACACACACACUCACGCACGCACGCACUCACGCAGAAAUCGAAGCCGAAGGAGUUGAACAGAAGUUAAGGAUAAUGCAGAAGCUACACAGAAACGCAAGAGAAAGGAGACUCGAAAUUCCCAGAAACGCAGGAUAAAUCCCCAUACAAGAGUUGCAAAGCAAAAUUGAAGCCAUUUCAGAACACAGAAGCCAGAAGGAAAUCACCAUAAAAUCGUAAUAUAUAUAAAUAUAUAUAUUGAAUUAUAUAUAUUUUUCUUCGUACUAAGCAAGAGCAGCAGCAGGACACGAAGAAGGACAGGAUCAAAUAGACACUACCAAACACAUACUCACACACUCCCACACACACACACACACACACACAGAACCAGUCACAAGGCUCAGAAGCAGAAUAGAUAUAUAGUAAAUAAUCAACAGUUAAAAACUUAUUUGAUGUUAACCGAUUGCAAAGAAAUCUUCAUGUUAUAAAAACCUAAUGAAAAACGAAACAAAAUGCAAAAAUUAGUGAAUUCAAAGCUACACGCAUGAUGAGAAGCCAACAAUAGAACCUAAACUUAUGUGAAAUAAACAAACUACACAUGUAAGCAGAAACACUCGCCCAGCUUCCUUUCCACCUGCCCAACUUCCUUCGACCAAAGACAAUAGAAUAACAAGAUGCGUAACGCAACGCGAUUUUUUAGCACACAUUUUUUUGGCAAUGGAUCUAGAAGGUGGCUCCAGGCUCUCUCGAAUUUUUGAGAGAGAGCGAGAGAGUGGAGAGCGCUACAGCAAAUAGCUCUUUUCUACGUAUACAGUGAUAGCAGACAAUUGUAUGUGUGCACACGUAUGCUUAUGCAUUGUAAAUUUGACCCCCUUCUUAGACUUUAAAUCUUUAUUAUUUUUGAUCAAUUGGCACCAUGCUAAAAAUUCUUGUUUUGCAUUGCCUUAACGUUAUUAUUAUUUGAAAAUAGAUUAGAAAUAGCCAAAUCUAUGUACAUAUUAUCACAAAAUAAAUUUCAAAAAUUACUUUAUUAGAAUAUUUGUCAUUAGAGUAUUCAGCUUGCGGCGUGUGAAAAAUUAAAUUUUUGUAAAAUUUAUGUUUUAAAUUACGGUAGUUAAUAUAAUUUGCUUUGUAUUGAGUAUAUUUAUUAAGUCAUUUGACUUAAUAUGAUGUAUGUAAAUGUACCAUUUCAAUUAUUUAAAAUGCACAUUAGAUUCAGUUGUUUUUCAGUUUUUGUUUUUUUUUUUUUUUUGUAUUCCAAUUUGAUAUUUUUUCAUCAUAUUGCUAGUGCCAAACCAAUGUAAGGCCGUUGCGCAUCUUGUUAUUCUAGUGUCUUUGCUUCGACCUUCUACGUCCCUUUUUUUUAACCCGUUUAGGCUUGAGGUUAGCGUUAUUGUUCUUUAGUUUCAAUCUCAGACCCAGUAUGAUUUUCGAUUUCGAAUUUCUUCCAGUUUGUUAAGCCUUUAUUUACAAAAAAAAAAAAACAAAAAAGGAAAAUGAUUUCUUCUUUUUUUUCCGUUGGUUUUCUGUUCAAUAAACAAUUGUGCCUAGCAUAUACGGAAUGAAAAUGUUUGCAAUUCGAUCGGAUAAGCCUUGUUUUCGUGGCGGGAGCAGAGCUACGCCCCCAUUCUUAGUUCAUAUGUAAUGGCCUCUCGAAUGUUGCAAAUCCUUAAUGGAGAUCAGUGCUCCCAGCACAAAUCGAAGAACAUGCCGAUGCCGGAAACACACACACUGAGUUAUAUACGAGUAGACGAGGAAUGUAUAGUUGAUGGGGAGGGAGGCGGUGUCCUUGGACCCUUGCAGAGUCCUCCUCCUCGAAUCGUUGUAUAUAAGAGUACAGUUUUGUCCAUGGUUUCCUAGCCCGCCCACAAACACACACACACACACACACACACAAAAUGACGCACGUAUGUAUGUACAUAACGUGCGGCAACAUAACUGGACAUGCCACGCCCCCGCUACGAAGGCGUCGGCCCUUAAUCUUGUUUCCGUUUUAAGCAUUCUCUUUAUAUUCUAAAUACCAAUAAAUGAAGAAACAAUUAUAUUUAUAAACAAACUGAAUCCAAAUGGAAAACUCAUUGACAUUAAAUUGAUGUAAAAAGUUAAAAGUUGUUCGAAUUGAAAGAAAAGGAAAAAAUUACCAUAAUGUGGAAUACAAAAAGAUAUAUAAAAAAAAGCUGUAAAAAUUAUGAGAAACUAUGUAUGUAUAAUUAAGAAGAAAUGUUGCAAAAAUUAGUGAAAAUAAAAAUUUAAAAAAAUCUAUAC